ACGCUGAUUGGCAGAAGGGCGCUCUAAGUGACGUCAUACAGGAAGUUUUACGAGGGAGAUCGUCGGUGCAUCUCUUGCAGACACAUCAACCUAGCUAACAGACCCUAAAUAUGGCAAGAGCUGAAACGCAAUUCACUGUGCUAAUUCAGGGCUGGACCAUGUGGUGAUGAGCGGUAUGCCAUGCAGAGGAGACACAGCAGCAACACGGAUGGCAUGCCUUCUGAAAGGAGCCGAAGCCAAACUCUUGGAUCAGAGAGCAGUCUGGAUGAGGGUGGUGUAUUUGACUGCUUGAAGCCUGACUCACCUGCUUCACCCCAGCAGAUCUUCUCUGGUCUGGUGGGUGUCCCCUCCAGCUCUGUCUCCUCAGCCCAGUUUCAGGCAGCUGGCUUAGUGCUGGGCUCCCCCCCUGAAGUUUUUAUCCAGAUGACGGCAUCAUCCAGAGAAGAAGGCGGCCCCCACCGCACGGAGGGUGGACCGUUUCUCCCUCGGCCUCCCCAGCACCACCAUCACCACCACCACCAUCACAUUCACCACCAUCCCCUGCAGCACAGGACCUCCUCUCUUCUCCAGCAGGCCACCACGGCAGCUGCCUCGGAGAGGCACAGCUCCAGGGAGGAGGCCCAGGAUGACCCAUCCACCCCAGCCCCGGCCCUGUCUGAGUUGAAGGCAGUUGUCACAUGGCUGCAGAGGGGCUUCCCCUUCAUUCUCAUUCUGCUGGCUAAAGUCUGCUUUCAGCAUAAACUGGGUAUUGCUGUGUGUGUGGGAAUGGCCAGCACAUUUGCCUAUGCCAAUUCCACAUUUAGGCACCAAGUGUCAUUACGGGAGGAACGUUCUGUAUUUGUUGCUCUGUGGAUCAUCAUGUUCCUUGCAGGAAAUGUCGUGUACAUCUACUACACAUUUAGUCACGAGGAACUGCACAACAGCCUCAUAUUUGCCAAGCCCAAUCUCAGCAGCUUUGACUUCUUUGAUCUGAUCUGGGUGGUGGGCAUUACUGAUUUUGUCCUGAAAUACUUCACCAUCGGCUUGAAAUGCUUUGUCCUCUUUUUGCCCAAGAUUCUGCUGGCCUUCAAAUCCAGGGGUAAGUUCUAUCUGCUGAUCGAGGAGCUGAGCCAGCUGUUUCGGGCCCUGGUGCCCAUCCAGCUGUGGUACAAGUACAUCAUGGGAGAAGACCCUUCCAAUAGUUACCUCCUGGGAGCCACACUCAUCAUCAUCUACAGCCUUUGCAAGUCCUUUGACAUCUGUGGACGUGUGUCCGCCAUUCGCAAGGCCUUGGUCAUGCUCUGCAGCUCUCAGAGUUAUGGAGCGAGGGCAGGCAGUCAGCAGUGCAGCGAGGCGGGUGAUGUCUGUGCCAUUUGUCAGGCUGAUUUCAGAGACCCCAUAGCCCUUCUCUGUCAGCACGUGUUCUGCGAGGAGUGCCUCUGUUUGUGGUUCGACCGGGAGAGAACAUGUCCGCUGUGUCGCUCUAUUGUCAUUGAGACCCUGCGCUGCUGGAAGGACGGCACCACCUCGGCUCACUUCCAGAUCUACUGAGCUCUGUCAACACUCAUGUACCCUGAAAGCCGUCAGUGUGCUGUAAUGCGAGUUGAACAGUGGUGUGUCAUCUUUCUCUGCUUAUCUUAGCCCGGUAACUCCAUGAUGCAGUGUGAGCAUGUUUGCAGGAACACACAGUAUGUGGGGGGGAAGUUUAAUUAUACAGGCAGGACGUAUCAGACCAUCUUCGUUGCUGACAAGUCGAGCUUCAUGAAGCCUGUGGUAGAGACCGCAUGCACAAACCAAAUUAUCAAUGUGGUUUCACUCAAGAGAAAUGAAAAUCUGCACUACAGACAGUUUUACAUUAGGACAGUUGUCAUACGGUUACGGCAGCAAUCACAUAUUUAUGUCUGUGUUGGCUUAACUGCUGUUGUAAACUGUGAACAACAUUUUAUUUUACACUAAACACAUGAUAAAAGAAUGAUGCUUUGAUGUAGUGUGGUGAGUGUGUAAAUAGUCAGAGCAUUCACGCUGUAUUUGUAAUUUGUUCAUUUAUGAUAUGAUCAUGUAUGUGAUGUAUAUUGUUUAUAUUUAUCUUUUUUUUAAUUCCACAGUUGGUAUCUAACAGUUUUUAUUUGGAAUUUAUGUUCAAGUUUUGCAAUAUUUAUUUGAAUGUGAGAUAUUCAUGCUUUGAAAAAAAACAAAAAACAAAAUGAUCAUAAAGAGAAAAUCAGUCCAAACAAUUUUGCUUUCUGUAAAAUAAGCAAAAAAGGUUCUUGGUUAGUGAACGAUUAUGUAAGAUAUUGAGUGAAGAAUGUGAGACGGUGUGUGACUUUCACUUGCCCAGAUUUUAAACAGUACAUGGUGUAA